AUGUAAAAAUACAUCAAAGAGUGCUAAGCAUUUAUUAUCACAGCUGGAGCAGGUAUGGGAGUUGAUUCAGGUCUACCUGAUUUUAGAGGUAACAAGGGAUUUUGGACAGUAUAUAGACCUUUUGAAAACAAAUUUGGAUUUACAGAUUGCGCUAAUCCAUCAUUUAUGGAUUAUAAUCCUAACUUAUUUUGGGGAUUUUAUGGACAUCGAUUACAUAUGUAUCGAAAUGCCGUUCCUCAUGAUGGAUUUUAGAUACUCAAAAAAAUAUUCUAAAAUAGGGAUUACUUUGUAAUAACAAGUAAUGUGGAUGGACAGUUUCAGAAGGCUGGAUUUGAUAGUAAUCAUAUUUAUGAAAUGCAUGGAUCAAUUCAUAAAUUCUAAUGUACUCCAUGUGAUAAAUUAUAUGAUGCUCAUUAGUUUAAAGAUUUAUCAAUUGAUCUAGAGAAGUUUUCAGCAGCUGAUCCUUUGCCUAAAUGUGAAUGCAAGCGUUUAUUAAGACCUAAUAUAUUGAUGUUUGGUGAUUGGGAUUGGAUUUCAUCUAUAUACGAUCAGUAGGAGAAACGAUUCUUUGAUUUUGUAGAGAAAAACAAAACCAAUAAGGUUUGUGUAAUAGAGAUUGGAGCAGGUACUGCAAUUCCAAGCAUCAGAAAUUUAGGCGAUAGAAUACUAGAUAAUAUGAAAUAAUCUAUUAUGAUUAGGAUUAACCCUACAGAAGCUGAUGUUCCAAAGGGGGAUGAUAGAUAUUUUAGUAUUAAAAAGGGGGGUUUGGAGGGCAUUAAAGAAUUAGAAGUAUGA